UGAUUGAAAUUAAUUUCGGAUUCAGCUGUGAAUAUUUACCUACCGAAAUGGAUAUACAAGAGUUUUAUUAAAACAAAUCUUUUAUAGUGCUUAUAUUUUUGUAAACAAGAAAAAUUAGUGGUAAUUUUAAUUUAAUAAACACCUUUCUUUUUCGUCGAUAAUUAAAUUUGAGUUCAGUGUAUUCGCUUGUGUUUUGUUACGCGUAUAUUUUUGUUGGUUUUAGCUUAAUCCGUUGUGUGAAAAUUGUAGGUAGAUUGAGCUGCUGUUGCGACACGUCGACACAUUUUAAUGUCGGCUGUUAGUGGAAUUGUAGCAUAUCAAGUAACAAAGUAAUAUAGCAAUUGAAAGCAUUUAUAUUACACUAAAACUUUUGUUUGUAAAAUGCGUAUAAGUAAUUUUCGUGGUGCACGUAUGUGCCGCGUAGGAUUAUGCUGCCUCAUUAUAAUGCCGCUAUUAUUUCUGCUGUUCACAUGGAACGAUACAAAGCGUGGUUUUAAUAGUUACCAUGGAAAAUUAUCGCGAUUUAACCAUCAACGAUUGGAGGGAAGACCGCAAGAGGUGCCAAAAUUAGUCGAAGGUCUUGGAAAUUUUGAGCCGAAAAAUGUGGAAGAACGUGUUGGACCCGGCGAGAAUGGUGAUGCUUAUCAACUCUCCGCCGAUAAAAAGAAUUUAGCCGAUGAAUCUGAAAUGGAAUAUGGCAUGAAUAUUGCAUGUUCCAAUGAAAUAUCCAUGCAUCGCGCAGUGCGUGAUACACGUUUGGAGGAGUGUAAACAUUGGGACUAUCCCUAUGAUUUACCUAAGACUAGUGUUAUCAUUGUGUUUCACAAUGAAGGUUUCUCAGUGCUUAUGCGCACAGUACAUUCGGUGAUCGAUCGCUCGCCCAAGCAUAUGUUACAUGAAAUAGUUUUGGUUGAUGACUUCUCUGAUAAGCAGGACUUGGGAGAGAAAUUGGAAAAAUAUUUGCAACAAUUCAAUGGUUUAGUGAAACUUAUACGAAAUGAGGAGCGAGAGGGUCUAAUUCGCACGCGUUCUAGAGGCGCACAAGAAGCGACUGGCGAAGUGAUAGUCUUCCUCGAUGCACAUUGCGAAGUGAAUACGAAUUGGUUGCCACCGCUGUUGGCGCCCAUCUAUCGUGAUCGCACCGUCAUGACUGUGCCCAUCAUUGAUGGCAUCGAUCAUAAAACCUUCGAGUAUCGGCCAGUAUAUGGCAGUGAUGCACAUUUUCGUGGCAUCUUUGAAUGGGGCAUGUUGUACAAGGAGAACGAGGUGCCCAAACGUGAGCAGCGACGACGCGCACACAACUCUGAACCCUAUCGCAGUCCCACACAUGCUGGUGGGCUUUUUGCCAUUAAUCGUGAAUACUUCCUGGAAUUGGGUGCAUACGAUCCGGGCCUGCUGGUUUGGGGUGGUGAAAACUUCGAAUUGAGUUUCAAGAUCUGGCAAUGUGGUGGCAGCAUUGAGUGGGUGCCAUGUUCGCGCGUUGGCCAUGUCUAUCGCGGUUUUAUGCCCUACAACUUUGGCAAAUUGGCGCAAGCCAAGAAGGGCCCAUUAAUUACGAUCAAUUACAAACGUGUCAUCGAGACUUGGUUUGACGACACACACAAAGAAUACUUCUAUACACGUGAACCGUUGGCGCGUUAUCUCGAUAUGGGCGAUAUUAGCGAACAAUUGGCGCUGAAGAAGCGUCUCAAUUGCAAAUCCUUCCAAUGGUUUAUGGACAAUAUAGCGUACGAUGUGUACGACAAAUUUCCCGCACUGCCAGCCAAUCUGCAUUGGGGCGAAUUGCGCUCCGUGGCCACAGAUGGUUGUCUCGAUUCGAUGGGUCGUCAACCACCGGCCAUUAUGGGCCUUUCACACUGCCAUGGCGGUGGCAAUAAUCAGCUGUUACGUUUGAAUGCCGCCGGCCAACUGGGUGCGGGUGAACGUUGUGUGGAGGCGGAUCGUCAGGGCAUUAAAUUAGCCGUUUGCCGUUUGGGUACCGUAGACGGGCCGUGGAAUUAUGAUGAGAACACCAAGCAUUUGCUGCAUCGCACGCACAAGAAAUGCAUGGCUGUGCAUCCGGUAACGCAGCAACUAUUUCUGGCACAUUGUGACGUCAACGAUGGCUACCAGCAAUGGUGGUUCAAAGCAAUCAAGCCACGGUGGUAAGCGGCAUGCCGCAACAGCAAUGCAGCAAGGGGUUUCAUUAGCAACGAGGAGAUUGUGAAAUGCAUUUGUUGAAGUUGAACAGAUUUUAGUGUUUUUAAAAUGAGUGAAGUUGCAAAGUGCAGUGAGAACAUAAUUUUACUAACGGGAUUGUUUGUAUGCAUUGCAUAUAUAUAUAUAUAUUUAUGUAUAUGUAUGUGUAAGUGUAUGUGCUCGUAAUUUUAACUAUAUAAGUGAAUUCGUACCGGCAAUUGUUUGGCGCACACUAAGUACGAAUGUUAUUAAAACCUUAUGGUUCGAAAAAAAAUACAAGCAAUGACUGUAACUAUUGUUAGGAAACGUUAGAAAAACAAAAAAAAAAAACAAUCAUAUUUACGUGUUUAUGUGAAAGAAGAAAGUAAAAGUUACACGACAUCGAUAACCGUUCCAAGCGUUUGUUUUAACGCUCAACUUUAUUAAGUUUUAACUAAGUACUGGCUGGUUUGAGAGGGGAAUUUGUAAAUGGCCUUGCACAUUUGAGAUCACGCUGACUGUUCGGCGCUAAAGCCCAAUGCAAACAUUUUUUAUAUGUGUAUGUAGGUAUAUUCUUUUAUUUUAUAGAUACAUAAUGAAAUGCUUCAACAUUGCCAACUUUACAUAGAAAAUUUUAAGAAAUUUUAUCUUCCAAUUGUUAUAAUUUAUUAAUUAAAUUACUAUGUAUUAGCAUAUGGGACAUUAGUUUCUGGUACAGUACUAUAAUUUAAGUGAAUCUUCUAAUUGAAACAACAACUUUUUGUAAUGUAAGUGUAUAACAUAUUUGUGUACAUGUAUUUCGUGUGUUGAUACAUAACGUUCAUUUAUCGUAACGAAAAUAUGUAUUUAAAAAAAAAUAUAUAUAUAUAUAUUAUCAAUGUACGAUGCGUGUGUACUACUUUACACACUUUUAACAAUUUUAUUUAUUUCUUAUUUAUAAAGGAAUUGCAAAUGUAGAAUAUAAGUCUGAAAAAAUAAACAUGCAAUAAAUGAUUUUAAUGUAAAGUGA